AUGACCAAACAAACAAUUUUUAUUUCUGGUGGAAAUCGUGGAAUCGGUUUCGCAUUGGUAGACUUAUUCUCCAAAGACCCAGAAACCAAGGUUAUAACCACUUCUAGAUUCCCAGAUUCUGCCACAGACUUGCAGGAGUUGGCAAAGAAAAGAUUCAAUGUUCAGUUCGUCAAGUUGGAUAUUGCUAGUGAAGACAGCAUCAAGACUGCCGCGGCUGAAAUCGCCAAACUCACCAGCCACAUCGACGUCUAUAUUUCCAACAGUGCUUACAUGAACUUGACAAAAACUUCGCAGACUCCAAGAGAGAGCUGGCUUGCUCAUUACAACGUCAAUGUUCUUGGCGCCAUUCAGUUGUUUCAAGAAUUGCUUCCGUUGAUCAAAAAGAGCGAUGUCAAGAAAGUAGUGUUCAUUUCAAGUGCUGGAGGCUCGUUGAGUUCAGACAUUCCAAUUCCUGGCUCCGCUUACGGUCAGUCCAAAGCAGCCCUCAACUUUACUGCUCAAGACUUAUCAAAGGAAUUGGCGCCAGAAGGGUUCACCAUUGUCCCGGUUCAUCCUGGUGUGGUAGGCACUGAAAAGGGUGCGGAAGUAGGACAGCAAAUUCUCAGCUUAGUGCCACAAAUUGCCGAAGUGUUUGCUAGCAUGCCUUCUUUGACGCCCCAGGAGUGUGCCGAGGCUUUGCAAAAGCUCAUCAACAACUUGAAACCCGAAGACACUGGAAAGUUUUUGAACUUUGAUGGUCUGGUUUUGCCUUGGUGA